GAGAAGCAGUGGUGAUAAAAAGAGGCUUCCAAGAGAAAGCUAGGGAGCCAAGAAGCCCUUCGCCACAGGACUGCAAGUCUAUAAACUCCCAGUGGUCAGGCUGAUAGGUGAAAGGAGCUGUUUGAGACUGACUUGAAAUAUUUCUGAGGAAUGAUGUUUGGCCAGGGAGCCAUGGAGCCGGGAGAAGGGAGCCCUCAGCAGAUAAGGCAAGUGCUGCUUUUCUUUGUUUUCCUGGGAGGGUCUUUGGUGUGUUCAGAGACCUGGCACUAUUCUGUGGCAGAGGAAACGGAGAUGGGAUCCUUUAUAGGCAACGUGGUGAAAGACAUAGGUUUGGAUGUGGAAGACCUGGCUGCACGGGGAGCCACAGUCAUCUUUGACGACUAUAAGCCAUACUUGCUUUUAGAUCAGCAGACUGGCAACUUGCUCUUAAAUGAGCAACUGGACCGGGAGGCACUUUGCGAUUUCACCGAGCCAUGUAUAUUGCAUUUCCAGGUAUUAUUUGAAAAUCCUUUGCAAUUUUUUCGGGCUGAGCUUUGGGUCAAAGACAUAAAUGAUCACACUCCCACAUUCCUAGACAAACAUAUACUUCUGAAAAUCUCAGAAAGUACUGCUCCAGGAACCUCAUUCCAAAUGGAUAGUGCUCAGGACUUGGAUGUAGGCAAGAAUGGUGUCCAAAACUACACAUUAAGCCCCAAUCCUCAUUUCCUCCUUAAACUGCAAGACAGUGACGAGGGCAGAAAAUACCCAGAGCUGUUACUGGACCAAUCUCUUGAUCGAGAAAAGGAGCCUGAACUUAAAUUAACACUAACAGCCCUGGAUGGUGGGUCUCCGCCCAGAUCUGGAACUGCACUGGUGCGUGUGUUGGUCUUAGAUAUCAAUGACAAUGCCCCAGAGUUUGAGAGGCCCCUCUAUGAGGUUCUGGUACCAGAAGACAGCCCUCUGAACUCCUUGGUUGUCAAGGUGUCGGCUACAGAUAUAGAUGCAGGAAUAAACGGAGAACUAUCUUAUUCAUUUUCGCACGUCUCCAGAGACAUACGGAAAACAUUUGAAAUCCAUCCAAUUUCUGGUGAAGUCCGUUUAAAAGCGCUUCUGGAUUUUGAGUUAAUUCAAUCUUAUACAAUAAAUAUUCAGGCCAUUGACGGUGGUAGCCUUUCGGGAAAAUCAUCAAUUUUAGUUCAUGUUGUAGAUGUGAAUGACAACCCACCAGAAAUUGUCAUAACAUCUCUUACCAGUCCCAUCCCAGAAAAUUCGUCGCCUGAAAUGGUGGUCGCUGUUUUUAGUCUACGAGAUCAAGACUCUGGGGACAAUGGGAGGAUGGUUUGCUCAAUUCAGGAAGAUCUCCCCUUUCUCUUGAAGCCUACCUUCAAAAAUUUCUACACCUUGGUAACAGAGAGCCCACUGGACAGAGAGAGCAAAGCCAAAUAUAAUAUCACCAUCACGGUCACAGAUAUGGGAACCCCCAGGCUGAAAACCCAGCACAACAUAACGGUACUAGUGUCCGACGUCAACGACAACGCCCCCGCCUUCACCCAGGCCUCCUACACCCUGCGGGUCCGCGAGAACAACAGCCCCGCGCUGCACAUCGGCACCGUCAGCGCCACAGACACAGACGCAGGCGCCAACGCCCAGGUCACCUACUCGCUGCUGCCGCCCGCCGACCCGCACGUGCCCCUGGCCUCCCUCGUGUCCAUCAACGCCGACAACGGCCACCUGUUCGCCCUGCGGUCCCUGGACUACGAGGCCCUGCGCGCCUUCGAGUUCCGCGUGGGCGCCGCCGACCGCGGCUCGCCGCCGCUGAGCAGCCAGGCGCUGGUGCGCGUGCUCGUGGAGGACGACAACGACAACGCGCCCUUCGUGCUGUACCCGCUGCAGAACACCUCGGCGCCCUGCACCGAGCUGCUGCCCAGGGCGGCCGAGCCGGGCUACCUGGUGACCAAGGUGGUGGCGGUGGACGGCGACGCGGGCCAGAACGCCUGGCUGUCGUACCAGCUGCUCAAGGCCACGGAGCCCGGGCUGUUCGGCGUGUGGGCGCACAACGGCGAGGUGCGCACGGCCAGGCCGCUGAGCGAGCGCGACGCGGCCAGGCACAGGCUGCUGGUGCUGGUCAAGGACAACGGCCAGCCGCCGCUGUCGGCCAGCGUCACGCUGCACGUGCUGCUGGUGGACGGCUUCUCGCAGCCCCACCUGCCGCCCCCGGAAGCGGAAGCGGAGGCGGCGGCCGCGGCGCCGGCCGACGCGCUCACCGUCUACCUGGUGGUGGCCUUGGCGUCCGUGUCGUCGCUCUUCCUCUUCUCGGUGCUGGUGUUCGUGGCGGUGCGGCUGUGCGGGCGGGGCGGGGCGGCGCGGGCGGGUCGCUGCUCGGUGCCCGAGGGCCCCUUCCCGGGCCACCUGGUGGACGUCAGCGGCACCGGGACCCUGUCCCACAGCUACCAGUAUGAGGUGUGUCUGACGGGAGAUUCUGGGAGUAAUGAGUUCAAAUUCUUGAAGCCUGUCUUACCCAAUAUUCUAGGUCAGGACGUUGGGAGGAAGCUGGAGGUAAAGCCAACUUUCCAGAAUAGUUUAGGUAUUUGAAACUUCCCCACUGUAUACAUUAGCUCUGUCUCCUUCACUUUUCCCUUUCUUUUUUCAGCCUGUAAUAAUGUUUAAUUCUUAUUUUCGUUCUUCUCUAAUAUUUUCCUUAGUAACGUUACUCAUUGUUUUGUUGGCCUUGUUGCUGUGUAAUUUUUUUCCAAUUAUUGUGUUAGUAAAAAAUUUUACAUCAGGAAAUUUCGUAUUCCUGAUUAAGGUUUAGUACUUAUUCCUAAAGGAUAAUAUGAAAGUUAACCUCUCAGUACAAACAUAAUUUUACUUUUAAAACUAAUUUCUCACUAUAUGACACCACCUAAUAAUAUCUGAUUCCUUGUUAGUUUUUAUUAUCUACGCAGCUAUGACUUUUCUAUAACCUCUUUUCUCUUUGGGGGUGGAAUCAAUUUAUGUUUACCUAUAUCCAAUUUCUUCUAAGCUUUGUUUGGAUUUUUAUUUUACUAUUAGGCAGCAACAUGUAUAAUUCUGUGCUGCUUAUUUCAAAAUUAAGCUUGUAAAUCAUUAGACUUUUGCUCUAAAAUACAUAUGCCGUCUCAUGAAAAUAUAACUGUCAUCUAUUCUUUCUUAUCUAAGUUAAUGUUGAAAAGACUUAUGGGUUCUUCCUUAUAUCGUAACUUACGAAGUUAUGAUCCUGAUAAGAGUUCUAGACAGAUUUAAUGAUACUCAGAUUGACUGUGUCUAAGGUGUUUUUAUAUACUCUAAAGGACCAAGUAAUAUGUUGCCUGCAAUGUCCCUUGCUAUAUUGCAGAUAGAUUCUCAAGCAGGUUCCAAAUUCUGGGCCUAGAGGAGCUUUUGAUGACACAGCAUGCCAAUCUACUUGCCUAUGGGUGACGUUGUUCUGGUUGAUAAGGAAUUUGAAAGAAAAUACAUUGUAGAAUUAAUACUAACUAAAGAAAACUUACUAAAGGAUAUGUUGGUGAAGGGAUUGAAUACUUGAAGAAGUAAUCAGCUCUGUUGUCUGGACUUGUCUAUCUCCAGGAGCCUCAUAACUUUGCGGAUACUAUAGAAUGCUGUGGUAGGCAGAGCAAUUGCCCCCUAAAGACAUCAGCAUCCUAAUGUCUGGAACCUGUGAAUAUGUCAUGUUGUAUUGCAAAUGGGAGUUAAGGUUCAGAGGAAUUAAGGUUGCUGAUCAGCUAGUCUUAAACUAGAGAGAAUAUCGUAGGUGAUCCGGGUGGGCCUUGUUGAAAGGCCUUAAAAACGGAACUGACUCUUCCCUGAGAUGAAGAAAUUCCGACUAUGGGCAGCAGCUUCAGCUCAUGCCCCAGACUUCCAGCUGGCCCUUUCUAAUUGCCUGCUCUACAGAUUUUGGACUUAGCCAGCCAGCUCCUACAACCUUGUAAGUCACUUUCUUGGAAUAAAUCUCUUCAUAUAUUUAUCUCCUGCUGACUGAUUGAACCCUGACUAAUACAGAUUUUGGUACCUGGAAUUGGAGUGCUUCUGUAAAAAAUAACUAAAAAUGUCAAAAUUGCUCUGGAAGUGGGUAGUAGGCAUAGACUGGAAGAAUUCUGAAGAGCAUGUUACAAAAAGCGUAGAUUGCUUUGGACACACAGUUGAAAUACAGAUGUUAGCAACUCUGCUAGUGAAGACUCAGAAGGAAAUAAGGAGCAUGGUAGAGAAAAUAUAUUGCCUUAUAGAAUACCUAAAUCAAAGCGUAAAGAGACUUAGUAGAAAAAUGGAUGUUAAAGUCACUGCUGAUGAGGGUUCCGAAAGAAAUGAGGAAAAUGUUAUUAGAAACUGAAGGAAAGGGAAUCUUUGCUAUAUAAUGGUAGAAAAUUUAGCUGAAUUGUGUCCUGCAGGGGAAAUAUGGUGGGGGGGGAGGACUUGUAAACAGUGAACUUGGAUAUUUAGCUGAGGAAAUUUCCAGGCAUGGGUUGAAGUGCAGCCUGGUUUCUUCUUGCUGCUUAUAGUAGAAUGUGAAAGGAAUGAGAUAGACUGUUAAGCAAAAAGGAACCAGAAUAUGAUGAUUUGAGAAAUUCUAAGCUUAAUUAGGUUAUAAAAGAUGCUAAAAUUAGGAGAUUUACUAUUAAGAAAGCAUAUUCUUUUUCUUGAGAAAAAGCCAGGGUGUCUCAGGUGUACACCAUUUGUAUUAGGCAUACACACUGAGUAGUUGAUAGAGAUGAGAUCUUUUGGAUUUUAUAUAUAUAUAAUAUAUAAUUAUAUUAUAAAGUAAUAUAUAUAAGUAGCAGGGCCAUA